AAGGGGAAGGAGAAAGACUGUGGGAUCCUUGAUGUUCUCUGAGCCUCAUUGCUUUCUUGCUAAUCCACCAGUCUUGAAGCCAGUCUUUUCCUUUGGACCACAGCUCUGGGUCACGAUCCAUUAUAGAUUUCCGUGUCAAGAUUUGUUGAGUUACCCAUCACUUCAAAGAGCCGAGUUAAAGGAACAUUCAAAGCAGGAGUCGAAACCUGGAGUAGACGAGGGUCAAUCUUUGGAGGACCAACUAUUUUUGGGGUUAGGGUUAUACCUAUUAUGGAGCUAAUGCUACCGAUCCGAUAUCUUCUUGUCUACCAAUAAUCUAAGUACCGUGUCAUCAUUGAGAUGGUGGGUCACUGCAAUUUCAUAUUUUCCACUCUAUCCAUCUUCCCGUAAGUAAAAUCCUCUCUUCCAAUAUCAUCAGAUUAGUUGCAAGGGUAGGAAAAAAACCAGGAGGGACUCUGAAUUCUUCUCUAGCCUGCUCUCACGUUCCUUUUCUCUUUCUUUUCCUCCUUCUCCGUUCAUUCUUCCCUUCCUUCCUUCCUUCCUUCCUCUCACCCUCUUUUGAUGGUGAAGAGCCACCCUGGAUCGAGUUGAUGGCAGGAGACGGACCCAAAGAUUUCUGGAUUUGGUCCCUGAGGAACUGAAGUUCUGUGCCUUCUCCAGUUUCCCUUUCUUGCCACUCGGCCAGAUCGCUUGCUACGUCCACCACGACGACAUGAUCCGAAUUUGGAUGGGUUUCCUGCUUUGGCUCGCCAACCAUCCGAGGUGGGCCGACUGUAGAAGGCCUCCUUGGUGGCCCCUUCUCUUCUGGCCUCUGCUUCUUCGCCUUCCUCUCGCCAUCCACGCAACUACCUUCAAAGUUGGGGUGAUAGGUCCCUGGAAGUGUGACUCCAUCUACGCCCAAGCCUACCCUGACGCGGCGGCCAAGUUGGCUGUUAGUCGGAUCAACAAGGACCCAACCUUGAACAAGGGGUACUGGUUUGAUUACGUCCUCGUCAAUGAGGACUGCCAGACCUCCAAGGCCCUCGUGGCCUUAGUCAACGCAGAAUAUUACGCCUCUGGUUUCGUAGGGCCGGUUAACCCGACGGCCUGUCUGGCAGCUGGGAUGCUGAGCAAAACUUGGAACAAGCCCAUCGUCUCCUGGGCUUGCUUGACGGAUGACGCGGAGGUUGGCCGUUUUAGGACUUUUGUGCGGCCGUUACCUCACGCCGCCUCUGUGCUCUACACUGUACUUAAGCACUUCCAGUGGGCCCAACUGGCCGUGAUCACGUCUAAAGAAGAUCUCUGGGUCCAAGUGGGACAAGGGUUGGCCGACGCGCUGAGGAACUUUGGCCUGCCCGUCACCGUACUGGCCACCAUGAAAGAUGAACCAAGUGGGGUGGAGGACGCCCUCCGAAAGAUCGAGAAGGCCAACAAUGUACGAGUGGUCAUCAUGUGUAUGCAUUCCGUCCUGCUGGGUGGGGAGGAGCAGGGCCUCCUGUUGGAGAAGGCCGAAGAGAUGGCCAUGACCCGAGGAAGCUACAUUUUCAUCCCCUACGAUGCCCUGACUUACAGCCUCCCCUACCAGGGGGAGGUCUACGCAGCUCUGGAAGACAACCUCAAGUUACGCCAGGCGUACGAUGCUGUGCUCACUGUCACCAUCGAUUCUCCGGAAUAUUCCUUCCGGGAGGCCUUUGAAGAGGCUCAGAAGACGAAAGAGAUUCCCGGACAACUCAGCGCGGAGAAGGUCCAUCCUUUGUUCGGCACCAUUUUCAAUUCCAUCUACUUCCUGGCCAAGGCUGUGGAAAACACUCGCCUGUCCGGGAAGAGGGUGGUAGGAACGACCAUUGCCGAGCACGCCAAGGGCUUUGAGCUGGAAGGCUUUAGCCAGCCGGUAUCAGCGGACGAAACGGGAGGCGCCGAGGUCCCGUACAUCAUCUUGGACACGGAUGGAAGAGGCAGCCGUCUUUACCCCGCUUACAAAGUCGACUUGGCUUCUGGGAUCCUGCGUUUCAUAGGACGGACCGUCCAUUGGCCUUACAAUACCAAGCCGCCUUCGGACCCCAGUUGUUGGUUCGACCGUGGCACCCUUUGUGCCGGGGGUGUGAGUGGUGGCUUCAUUUUCUUCGUCUUCCUCUUUGUUAUCCUCUUGUUCCUGUGUGGAUCUGUCAUAGCUUUCUAUCUUCGACGCCGUUUUCUGCAUGAUCAGCUCUCUGAAGGACCCAACAGGAUUGUCCUGACCAUGGAGGACCUGACCUUCAUCAACCUCCCGAGCAGCAGAAAGAAGUCGGAUGACAGCUCGGAGAAGAAAAGCUUGAAAAAUGAGGCGGAGGAGGAAAAGAAUGUAGCUGUGGUUGAGGGUGACUGGGUGUGGCUGAAAAGAUUCCCCGGAACAAAGUACAUUGAAGUCAAACCAAGCACCGAAAAAGUUUUUUGCCAGCUGCGGGACCUGAGACACGAAAACAUCAACCCUUUCGUCGGCUUCUUCCAUGACAGCGGCAUCCUGGCUAUUGUCUCGGAGCACUGCGCGCGAGGGAGUCUCGAGGAUCUUCUCCGUAACGAGGACAUGAAGCUGGACUGGAUGUUCAAGUCGUCCUUGCUGCUGGACCUUAUCAAGGGAAUGAAGUAUCUGCACCAUCAGGAAUUCCCGCACGGCCGGCUGAAGUCUCGGAAUUGCCUGGUGGACGGACGUUUCGUCCUGAAAAUCACGGAUCACGGAUACAACGAGUUGUUGGAAGCUCAGAAUGUGGCCCGAGAAGCGAUGAAGCCCGAGGACCUUUUCUGGACCGCCCCAGAAAUGUUGAGGAAUCCAGCGCUGGGACGGAAAGGCAGCUUCAGGGGAGAUAUUUACAGUAUUUCCAUCAUCAUUCAAGAAGUCAUUUGCCGUGAUGCGCCUUAUUGCAUGCUGGAUAUGAGCCCUGAAGAGAUCAUCAAGAAGGUGGAGAAACCUCCUCCCCUUUGCCGCCCGUCUGUCUCCAUCGACCAAGCGCCGCUGGAGUGUAUCCAGCUGAUGCAGCAAUGCUGGAGCGAAAAACCGGAGAGGAGACCCAAUAUCAAUAAAGUCUUUGAUCAGUUUAAAAGCAUCAACAAAGGAAGGAAGACCAACAUCAUCGACUCCAUGUUACGUAUGCUGGAACAAUAUUCCAGCAAUUUGGAAGACCUGAUCCGGGAAAGGACCGAAGAGCUGGAAGUGGAGAAACAGAAGACCGACAGGUUGUUAACACAGAUGCUGCCCCCUUCUGUGGCCGAGGCCCUGAAGACGGGGGCGCCAGUGGAACCCGAAUAUUUCGAAGAGGUGACCUUAUAUUUCAGCGACAUCGUGGGCUUCACCACCAUCUCAGCCAUGAGUGACCCCAUUGAGGUGGUAGACUUGCUCAACGAUCUCUACACCCUCUUCGAUGCCAUCAUCGGCUCCCACGACGUGUAUAAGGUGGAGACCAUUGGCGACGCCUACAUGGUAGCUUCUGGGCUGCCGAAACGGAACGGGAAGCGACACGCGGGAGAGAUCGCCAACAUGUCCCUCGAUAUCCUCAGUGCGGUCGGCACUUUCAAGAUGCGUCAUAUGCCAGAAGUACCCGUCCGGAUACGCAUCGGCCUACACUCCGGGCCCUGCGUGGCUGGUGUGGUGGGACUGACGAUGCCACGCUAUUGUCUCUUCGGGGACACGGUCAACACUGCCUCGCGAAUGGAGUCCACCGGCCUUCCUUAUCGAAUCCAUGUCAACCUGCGGACCGUGGAGAUCCUGCGUGCCCUCAAAGAAGGUUACAAACUCGAUUUACGAGGGAAAACGGAGCUGAAGGGAAAAGGCACAGAAGACACUUACUGGCUCAUCGGUCGCGACGGCUUUACCAAACCGAUUCCGACUCCCCCAGACCUGAAGCCAGGGGCGAGCAGCCACGGGAUCAGUAUGGAUGAAAUUCCUGCGGAUCGGAAGGAGAAGUUACAGAAAGCUCGUCCGGGACAAAAAAUAUAACCUGGGAAGAAGACUGUUGCACGAAGCCGGUUGGGAUGGAGGUCAACCAACUCCCAGGAGUUUUCUGCUGGAAGGCCUUUGGGCAAAUCUGCCAGAAGAGAACAAACCCACACUUGGGCAGGGAACCAUCCCAUAAUAAUCCAAAGGGAUGCGUCCCUUCCCAUCCGUCUCUUCUGCUACUUUCGAACUUCUAGUGUGCGACGGGACUUCGGCUGGUCUCGGACUUCUUACUUACCACGGUGAUGAAUGGUGAGAUGCAUGCUGGGAUUCCGGCCAACUUGGUCCUCCUCAUUUGAACUCUUUAGAUCAAGGCCGAGGACGUGGUGGGACUUCGGCCAAGCCAGGAAUGGCGGUUGUUCUUGACUUCCCGUUGGAGGCUUCGUCUGGCUUUUGAUAAAGAUGGGCAUCUGGAUCCCAUAAUAUCGUUAAUUAUUUCCUUAGCAAAGAGACCAAGUGGAGCGAAAGGCCUAAAACAAAACAAAAAAAAAGGAAGACAAUGAUUUCAGAGAAAUCGCAGAGAGAUCAUCGAUCCAGCUGGAACUGGUCUUGGAGGGUUUUGUGGACACAACACAAGGCGCUAGAAAGAGACCUUCAAGGAGAGUUUGUUUAUCAGUCUUCUGAUUUUCUAGAAGAAACCAAAUCCGUGCAGAGGUGAAGCUGGGAUGGAGCACUUGGAGACUGUACAGCGAAUGAGACAAUAUUCCUGGACACCAGUGAAAGUUGGACUUCAGCUCCGACGGCCAACCGUUAGAUAUCGGCGUUGCAUCGAAGGAAUAUCUGUGACAAUUUAUAUAUAUAUAUAAAAAGGGCUUUCUUUAAUGCGUUUCCUCUGCCGAGCCAGGAGUCUGAAUUUAAUUUCAUUACUUUAUCUCCAUCUCAAAAGUAGAGAGGACAAUUUAGAGAAGUAGGAAAGGGCUAUGGGCAACUAUUCUACGAUCCAAGAACGUUGGUUUUAAGCUAUUUUGAGGAGAAAUUGUGUUAAAUCUUGCGUAUUUUUUUAAAAUCUACUUGAGGAUGAGAGGCAAGGAUGGAUUUGGGGAUCCGAAUUUGGGAAAUUUUGGGGAAACGAGUUGCCUCAAAAGUUCCUUCCGGAAAAUAAUUAAUGUUUAAAUAUAGCUUCUUGAAGUAACUGGUCGCUAUUAGCAGAGUUUCUUAAUUUUGGUCGCUUUAAUAUGUGUGGACUUCA